AUGAAGGUCCAGGAAAACCAAUCUUUGCAAAAGCUUUUGGAGGUUGAGCGCGAAAAGUACAAUACUAUCCAGAUUCAACACAUAGAUUGCCGGAACCGAAUUUCCAGAGACGAGUACAAUCUUUUAAAAGAAAAUCAAAAUGCUCUACAAGAACAUCUUCAAUCUCUCAAUGAAUUGAGGGUCGAUUAUGAUAGCUUAAAGUCAACUCAUGAGAAUUGCAUCGCCAACGAAGUCAAGUCUAAGGAGGAGCUUAAUAUUCUAAAAGGCCGGUAUGAGGAACUUGUUAGAGUUUCCUCUCAACCUCAACCUCCACCUAGCCUACCACAGUACCCUGUCGUUCCCUACAACUAUAAUAUGCCAGGUAUCAUGGCUCCACCCUUUUAUACGACUAGUGGAAACUCUCAACAAUCUCAACCACUGGAUGCCAGAGCACCGGUUUUUACUCCUUCUGUACCAUCAUCCGUUGCUGGCUGA